UGGUGGGAGUACGUUUCCCUCACUGAGGAAAAUCAUCGCGAUCUUUUCCCGAAGUGCAAUAACAUUUCGAAUUUUCUCAAAUUGUGUUCAAGCUGUUGUUUUCCGUUAAACUGUCGAAUUUUUCUCUCGUUAUUUAGUGUUUGUUUUUGUAUGAUUCGAGUGAAACUGUUGGUUCUUGUUGGAUUCGUGUAAGGAAAGUGUUUUGGACGGUAAACCAACUUACGAACAAAUUAAGAUAUUUGCUGGCUGGUAUAUCAAGAUAAAACUGAACCAGACUGCUGAGCGGUAGAGCAAUGUUCCGACAUCCGACUUUGUCGGAUCAGCUACUAUGAUGAGCAGCAAGACUUGAUGGCGCGGUGACGCAGCAUGCGCCGCGCGCACCUCGCCGCUCUGCUGCGGCUGCUCAUCGUCGCAGGCGGCGCCAGUUUCGUGAACCCGCACACGAACGACGAUCGUCCAGACCUGAACCAAAUAUGGCUGGAGAUCCCCACGACCCUGGUCGCGCUGGGCGGGGACGUCCACGUCUACGUCCGAGGGUCCACGGGCGCUGGCCUGCGGGUUCGCCUCGCGCGCGACGACGACGAAGGCAGGACCCUUCUGGCCACAAUGCCUCUAGCGGUAGACUCCGAAAGCCGCAUGACUCUCCCCUGCGGCUACUUCUCCCGGGGAGGAAUCUACUACAUAGACAUAAUCGCGAACUCUUUCCGCGACUAUGACAACAUAACAGUGAACGGUGUGAAAGUGAAACGGGACUUGAGCGGUGGUAGUAUUAUUGAAACAGGUGACAGCACGGUGAAGUCGUGGAAGUUUGACGUGCUCUGGCCCACCGCUAACUUGGAUGUGACGCCCGAGCAAAUACAGACUUACCCGGAGAGGCAAGUGACUGCGAUACUCGAGUUCCCCAAAGUGGUGUGCACACCGGUUGAGUCAGGGGAAGACUUCUGGUUGGAACUGCUGUACUGUGGACACUCCAGCGGCGGUGCGGUGCUGUGUGAUGGGAAGAAUAGCAGCUCACAUGCACAGGUCUUAUAUUCUGAGCAGGUGCAUGGUUUCCCCGGGCGGCGCACGAUGACGCUGCGCUGCGAGCUGUUCGGCCAGGCCGGGGACUACGCGCUGACGCUGCGCCCGGCCUCGUCUGCGGGGCCCCAGGACUUGGCCGUGGCCUUCAUAAAGGCGGACUGGUCGGAGCAGUUCGUGCUGAACGUGCACGGCGGGUCGGUGUUCCCGUGCGGGGACGGCGUGCGCGUGCUGUUCCAGUACCCCGAGUGCGUGCUGGAGGGCUCCGACAGAGUGCGCGUGUUCGGCCGAGACGCCGACCGGCUGCGCUACUUCGCCGAGACGAGGGUGCGGAGGGGCCAGCACACAGCCUCGUUCGACUGCCGACUGUUCAGCGAGCGCUAUCCCGAGUACUGCUUCGUGUACGUCUCGCAGGCGGUCACCGGCGCCGUGGCCGACGUGAGGAUGGACUGCCUCCCCACUCUGCCUCUGUCGGAAGGCGGCGCGGGCGGCUGGGGCGAGUGGUCGGCGUGGUCGGCGUGCCCCGCGCCCGCGCGCUGCUCCACGCGCACGAGGAGCCGCCACCGGUUCUGUGACUCGCCGCCGCCGGCCUACGGCGCUAAAUUCUGUGAGGGUCAGGCGGUGGAGCUGGCUGCGUGCGAAUGCAGCGCCCGACCCUGGGCGGGAGACUCGUCCAUGGUGGUGGCGGAGGUGGGGUCAGGGUGCCGCUGCGGCUGCGUGCUGCACCUGGCGCCUGCGGCCAGGCUGCUGGCGGGCUCGGCCAGGGCUUGCCGAGAGAGGUCGCUUUGGCUGCUACAGGCAGAAGACGGCCUGGCAGUGCGACUCCGAUUCGAAGCGGUAAAGCUGCCGUGCGCUGGGCAGGCGCUGAAGGCCAGAGAUGGUGACUCUCUCGGCUCUCCUCUCUUGGCUUCGUGGGAUGGACCUGACACUUCUGCUGUGGCGGACGAAGUGGAGACCACAACAGACGGCAGCGGCGCGGUGGAGAUCGUGGGCGGGAGACACAUCCUGGUGGAGCUGCGGUCCACCGACACCAGCGAGCACUGCGCCGGCGGCUUCCUCGCGCACGCUACGCAGAUUGAGCCCAUCCGCAACGCAUCAGCAGCGUGGGCGUCAGUGAGCGGUGGCGCGUGGUGGCGCGGCGGCGGCGGCGCCCGCGCGGCUGCUGCGGCUCUAGCAGCAAUGGCGGCACUGGCGGCGCUGCUGCUGGCGGCGCACUCAGCGCACCGCACGCGGGCCUACCAGCGAGCUGCUGACAAGGAGUCCCUCACUGACAGUGACGCCUGCUCAGCAUCUUUAAAAUUCGGCGGAGCAACUGGCGGGUCGAGGAGCACGUUGCUGUCAGAAGUGGUGGGCGGGGGAGUGUCUCUACGAAGACUGCUUCCGGGGAGGACUCGCCACACCAGGCUCAGGGACUCUGACAGAGCUUCUGAACAUGUGGAGCAGAGGGACGAAGAAGACCAAGCCACAGAUGCAGAUGUGGACGAUGACAACGUGAGUGUCGCCAGCGUUUGUAGCGCAACCAGUCAAGCGACCGUGACACCUGAGAACGUGUCUUCUAGCAGCGCUCCAGCCGGUACCGGGAAAGAAACCAUCUCUCCGUCUCCAUUGAGACGAUCCCAUACAGUCUCCACUACGCAUGUGUCACAGAUCACAUCACCGCCCCAACCAUCGACCAGUGAAGCAGUCACAGCUGACAUAAGCACCAGUGUUACCAGUGUGAGCGACAGAGACAGCUACAGUGAAAAGGACAGGGACAGCAUGUGGGAAAAGGACAGAACUGAAAGCAGAGCAUCUUCCACUGUCUCUGCUGCUACUCUUACGAAUGGUUGGUACUCACCAGCACUUAGUGGUGUAUCGGCAGCAAGGAUUCGUGACAACCCUAAGUACACGAAAGAAAGCUGCAAUAGGAAACUUCUCCGUUCCGAUCUGAGCCUGACUUCCCACCCUGAGAUGGAGAUUGACUAUUACGACUACGAGGUUAAUAAUGCUGGUUCUGUGCCAGGCUCUUAUUUGGGAAUGGACCCCGCAUUUUUAGUUUGGAUACCGCCUAUAGAGGAAGGAGACAUAAUCAAAGAGAUUGAUGAAACUAAAGCCCCUAUCUAUGAAGAAAUUAUACCGAAAGAAUUACGGCCAGAUCCAGGCAGCAACACAGAGUCACCCGAAGAUCGGCCAUCAUCGAGUACGCUUAAAAGAAACUCGGAAAAUCGUUCUAAUAGAUCCAACGAAUCUAUUAAAUCCAUACGAAAAGUUAUGGAUAGAGGAAACAUUAUACACCCUUUAAAUUUCAGUAUAAGUGAUUUACAAAAUACACCGAAACUACCCAAGAGAUAUAAGAAAAAACGGGAUGAUACAGUUACAAUACCAAUGAAAGAACUAACUCUAACAAUGUCUCCAGUUAAAGUUCACAGAAGAGAAAAUCGAAAUGAGUAUGACAACUCUUCGACUUUGAAAAGAGUUAGCGAUUCAAGAGAAAAAGAUAAAGAUGCUACUUUGAAGAGAACGACAGAUUUUAAUGAUAUUAAAUUUGCCGAUGAAAACUCAGAGUCCUCAAACGAAAUCAAGUUUGCAGAUGACUCACCUGAUAGCAAUAGAUUAUUUGAUAAAUAUGAGGUUAAAGCUUAAGUAUUAAUUGAUUUUUAAUAAAUAAUGUUUCCUUUAUUUUAAAGAACUAUGCAAAUUUAUUCUUCAAAGACUAAAAGCAUUUAAGUAAUAUUAAAAUACUAAAUAUUUUUUUCCUUCAGUUUAUUCAGUUAAAUUACGUUAGUUUAAUUACUGUAUAUUUACAACUACGCAUAAAAUUUUGUACAUAUUAUUAAUGUUUAAUGUUUAAUUGCAUAAUAAAAACCAGCUUUUAAUGUAAAACCUAGCCAUAGAUAUAAAAAUAAUUAAAUAUGAUUGCAUAUUCUAUGUUCAUCUUUUGAAACACUAUCGCUGCCUCACUAAAAAUGAUAUGGUUUAUUUUAUGCAUUAACUUGAAAUCGCAACAAAUUUAAUUUUGUAACGGCAAUCUACAGGCUUUAUAUUGGAAGAUAUUAAAAUUCACGAUUAGUGAAUGUUAUGUUUACUGUUAUGAAACUGAAAUAUUUACGAUCCUUUUUGCAGUGAUAUCUUCAACAAUAUUUGUUAAAUAUUGUAUUCAACAUUUAAUUUUGCUCUUUUCUUCAUUGUCGUGAAACCGUCUUGUCUUCUUUUUGUAAGCUAGUAUUUUUUUUAAAUUCCUAUGCUUCGGAAUUGGCUAUCUAUUAGGAUAGUAUAUUCACUCAGGCUCAGUAUUUAUCUAUAAUACUACAAAAAUGUAUAUCUUUUAACAUGAUUGUUAAAUAAAAUCAUUCUCACUGUAGUUGUAUUUAAGGACCAAAAUGUAAAACAGUUACCGUUCAUAUCACUCUCAUAUUCAUUCUAUAUUUUUCAGAAGGCAUCACUUUUUUCAUUAAAUAAAUGUAUUUAAUUAUAUCGUAGUCGAAUCAAUGUAAUUAAGAAUUUUGUAAUCAAACUGUACCGUGACAUUAAGGUUAAGGUCUUCUCAUUUAUUGUUUCUGUGAUUGUGCACUAACGUUGGUAGUAAUAAAAUUAUCAAAAUCACAAGUAU